UUGUAUUGUCUGAUAGAAACCGAUGCGUCAAAAUUUUCAUGAUAAGUUCUCUUUUCGAAGGAAACAAGCCGCUUGAUGUUUUUGAUUGAUAAUCACCUUUAAAAAACUAUCACGCAAAUUUGUGGUUGACGACAUUCUCCGAUCUACGAGAUAGAGAGGACGUUUGAAUGUGUCCUUAGAAGGAGCCAACGAACAAACCGUGAUCGCGCUGAUUCACGGCCUUUCGCGGGCCAGAUUGAUCGUGUCAUCAAGUUGUAAGGAACAGUCAACACGACGUUAACCUUCUAUAGUAUGGAGCGGGGCGGCGGGGCCGGGGGGAGCCUCGAACUCGCCGGAGGCGGCGGCGGUGGCGGCGGAGGCGGCGGCGGUGGCGGAGGCAAUGCGGAUUUGUGUCUGCAGGACCUCGUGAUCGGACCUCCGAGCAGCCUCUCGGUGCAGCAUCAUCAGCACGCGGCAACCGCCUCGAUGGCCGGCCUGCACGGCGACCAUCUUCAGGGCGCGAUGCACCACCAUGAUCUCCACGGUAAUUCGCAUCACGAUACCUCGAUGCUGCACAAUUCCAGCCACCAGCUGCACCAUGAGCCGCUGGAGAAACUUAAACUCUGGGCGCAGAGUGACUUCGGGGAUGAAACCAAUGGGGGCCUCGCGAGGCUCGACGCGGGUCAUGGCGCUCACACCCCCGGUGGUAGCAAUCCUAGUACACCGGGAGCGACCCCCACGACACCCUCCGGUGGAUAUUCCACUGGACAGCCGAGGAACCGUACGAACGCAACUCACAGGCCAGAUAUUCGAAAAGGUGUACGAACACCACCAGAAGUGAAACACGAAUUGGGUGCUGCUGGUGGCGUUGUUUCUCCUGGAGUAGUUGGAGUCAACGAUACUGAUGAUAAGGAUGGCAAAAAGAACAAAAGGCAAAGGCGACAAAGGACACAUUUUACGCAACAUCAGCUUCAGAAUCUGGAGAUGACGUUUCUGAGAAACCGGUAUCCAGAUAUGUCAACCAGAGAAGAGAUAGCUUGCUGUACGAAUCUUACGGAAGCUCGUGUCAGGGUCUGGUUCAAGAACAGGCGGGCGAAAUGGCGAAAGAAGGAGCGUAACGCGAUGAACGCCGCCGCGCAGGCCGCAGCGGAUUUCAAGUCGGGCUUCAGUACAGCCAGUCUGAACGGCUUCAUCACUCAACCGUUCCCAGAUCCCGACACUCUCUACAGCUCGUAUAGCACGUACAACAACUGGGCGGCUAAAGUACCAUCGCCGUUGAGCGGCAAGAGCUUUCCCUGGAUGAACACUCUGGGCUCAGUUGUGCCUGCGGCAUCGCAUCAUCAUCAUCACGCUCAGGUCAGCCCAGUGAAUCCCUUUAACGCCGCAGCGACGUCGGUCGCAGGCAGCCACGUGGGUGGCAUGUCAGUUUCGGUCGGUCAAGCGGCCACAUCCAUGUUACCGGGUAUGGGUUCUGGUCUCGGUGUCGCGAGCUCGCCGGUCGCCGCGUCCGGCGCGGCGUGUCCGUACGCGGCGCCGGCGGCACCGCAUCAUCCAUAUGGACCACCGGUUUAUACGCCUCACCAUCGAUCGCCCGAAUCCUGUACAGUGAUGACAUCGAGUAGCAUUGCGUCGCUACGAAUGAAGGCGAAACAGCAUAGCAGUGGUUAUGGCGGCGGUGGUGGCGGCUCAUUCGCAGGCGGUACUACAGGCGGUACCACAGCCGGAAGUAUAAGUCCCGUAAGUUCGAGAGCGUCUUCCGUCGGCGGUGGCGGUGGUGGUGGCGGCGGUUUGAGCGCUUGUCAGUACGCGUUAACAACAACGGCCGGAGCAAACCCUCAUUCCCCAGGCGGUCCCGAGGCGCACGCUAACGCCACUGCCAGGGCCCAGGUCUGA